AUGAUUGCCUUCAUACUGACCCUGAUCCUCUGUGCUUGGGCCGUCUCCAGUACCGCUCUACCCGAUGGUUCAACUACCGUCUUGGGAAUGCUACCUGGCGUUCCAGAAGGAUGGACUCAGGGCAAAAAACCAAGUCCAAAGGGUAUCAUCAAACUGCGUCUCGCUAUGGAUCAACCUGCAAUGAGUGACAUCCAUCAGCACCUGCUCGACAUCUCCACACCUGAUCAUCCACUCUACGGCCGGCACCUGGAGAAGCAUGAACUCGACUAUCUGCUGCGACCAGCUGGCGACGUGACUGCUGCAAUCGUCGACUGGCUCGAGGGUGAAGGUAUUCUGGCAGGAAACAUCACCUAUCAAGGAUCCUGGUUCACUUUCGACGCCUCCAUCUCUCAAGCCGAAAGCCUUCUCAGCACAGAGUUCCAUGAGUAUCACAAUGGAGACACCACUUUGAUUCGUACCCUGCAGUACUCGGUCCCGACAAGGCUGAGGUCAUUGAUCACUACAAUUCAGCCUACCACUCGAUUUGGUCAACCAAGAGCACAGGCCAGGCUCAUGCUAGAGAGCAGAGAUAGUCCCGAUCCUGGACUAAUUUCGCCAAUUGAUGGCAAUCCUCAACUUUUGACCACCUACAAUGCCACCUUCUGCAAUAGCACCAUUACCCCGGAAUGCAUUCGAGGCAUCUACGGAAUGUCCAAUUUCCAGGCCAAUCCCAAAGGAAAGACGAAACUUGGUGUCUCUGGCUUCAUCGAGGAAGGGGUGUAUUUUGACGAUCUCGCAGACUUUCUCAAGCUUACCGGUGCCGGUAAUCAGGCUGAUGACUUCUCCAUUGUCCCAAUCAACGGGGGAGUCAGUGACCAGCAAGGGGUGAACAAAACUGCAGAGGGAAAUCUUGACGUUCAAUAUGCUGUAGCCCUGGCCCGAGGGACACCCGUAGUUUACUACUCAACCGCUGGACGAGCUCCAAUGCUGGCAGAUCUUGACCAGCCGACGCCUUCCCAGAACGGCAGCAACGAGCCGUACCUUGAUCAACUCCAUUACCUAUUGAGUCUCAACAACUCAGAUCUUCCCGACGUUCUCACCACCUCAUACGCUGAGGACGAGCAGACCGUACCCUUCGACUGGGCGACAGAAGUGUGCCUGGCAUUCUCCUUUCUCGGUCUCCGUGGAGUAUCUGUGAUCUUUGCGUCGGGUGACACUGGCGUCGGUAGUGCGUGUCAAUCCAACGACGGACAGAAAAUAACACGCUUUACGCCGAAUUUUCCAGCGACGUGCCCCUACGUGACCGCCGUGGGAGGCACUUACGCCUUGAAUCCCGAAAUUGCAGCUGCUUUCUCGUCAGGAGGGUUUUCCAACUACUUUGCGGCACCCUCUUACCAAGUCAACACCACGGAGGCCUACCUUGGUAGGUUGGGUGACAAGAACAAAGGGUAUUACAAUGCCUCUGGUCGGGGCUACCCGGAUGUCGCAGCCCAAUCCGUGCGCUACCUCAUAGAGAACCAAGAUCAUCCAGAGUUUGUGUAUGGGACGUCUUGCGCAGCGCCGACUUUUGCGGCCAUUAUAUCAAAUUUGAACAACCAACGCCUGGCGCAGGGGAAGUCCACGCUCGGCUUCCUGAACCCUUGGUUGUACUCGCAGGGCUACCAGGCAUUCAACGACAUCACCCUGGGACAUUCUCGCGGAUGUUCAGGCCAGGACAUUUACACGGGGCAACCUACGCCUAAGAUAGUGAAUGCUAGUUGCGAUGCGGCUCCAGGGUGGGAUCCCGUAACAGGCUGGGGGACGCCGGACUUUCAGAAGCUUUCGAGCGUGGUGGCUUCGUGA